AUGCCGCGUGGGACGGGGACUUCCAGGCUGAAAGGCCUUUCUAAAUCUAUCAUCUCACACAGCUUCAGAGGGCGGCAUCGCCAGUCACAUGUGUUGACAGCUGGCAAGCAAUCUCAGCGCCGCGAGGCAGCUGCAAUGAGUUGUCUGGCUCUAGUUCAAGAGAUGUCAUCUGAGGACCGCGAGAUGGUCGAGAACAUGAUCGUUGACCAUGGUGAGGAAGGGUUAGACAUGAGCCAUGCUGGAGGUGAAUUUGAGGCAUUCGAGGGACUUGCCCAUGAAAUCGCUGGGAUCAGUGGAUGCCGCUAUGUAGACCCACGCACUUGUACUGAUCGCAUCGAAAAUGAAACGAACCACUGGAGCAUUCAAAUGGGCUGCCUGGUAGAGGCCUAUUUAGACUAUCGCCACCGCGACUUGGGGGAUGGCAUGCCCAACUGCAAUGGGAUACCUGCAGCAUCACCCUCUGAUGAUACUCAGCGUGUUUCACUGAGUGAAAUUGAACUUAUCGAUAUCUUUAGUCGAAAGUGCUCUUCGCUUCAAUCACAACCCUUCCAUAUGUAUCCUAACGAGACUUUAAUUUAUCACGGCUACAUUGGAUGUGCACCGGUGUAUCCAACUGUUGCUAUAUCUCUCCGUACCCUUGCUGCUUACCAACAAACACAUCCUGUGUGCCCUUCAUUUGGUUUUCAAGCACAGUGCAAAGCUCUCUGCUUUCUUCAUGGUGUAAGCACUCUGCCUUACCUCACCGCACAACUAUCUUCCGCCUUCAACGUCUAUUUGGAAAUUCUCCAUUGUGUGGACCAACGCCUUCACAUGGCCCUGAAACGUGAUACUCCAAAUUGGCGCCUUCUAAACUCCUGUCCUGCAUGCUUUUACAAGCUCGAGGAUGAGCCUAAUCUGGAAUUUGAGUGGCUCGUAUCAAUUGACGGCAACAACAGCCUGAAGAGAUGGGAUUCCAUGACAUACGGGACGAAUGCACAACUUGAUUCUUGA